UCGGUGUUGCUUGCUGCCUGAAGACAAAUUAAUCGGGCAAAACCACGCGCAAUUGCUGAGUUUACGACGACUCCACUGUCAUUGGCACCACACACGCGGACGCGGCUACUGAGAUGGAGUGAGAAGCAUUGGUUGCUUCCGGCGGCGGCCAUUGCUGCCCAGCCCAGCCAAAGCCCCCGCCCCUAUCCAUCUGAUCUCCUCCCUCUUCGUCAUGCGUACAAGCCAUCCCCACACCGCCACCAUCACCUGACAACAACCACACUCCACAAAACCACCCCAAAUCCUCCUUCCCGUUACCAGUAAUACCCAGCAUUCCUCUUCUCCUUGCUUCCCCGAAACCUCGCUUUCUUGACCGCUUGAUCCGACGCGACGCAAACGCGCCCUCGAGAUAAAGCUCGCAGCUUCUCUCGAGACCCGCUCGAAUUCAGUUCUUCAGCUCUCAGAUUUCCCCCGUUUCUAUUGGUUCUUUGCUACGAUUGUGGGCUCGUUCGUGUCAAUGCUCGCUGGUUCGAUCCGUCCUGGUUGCCGAGGCGUUUCCUGAUUUGAUCCUUGGGUCCUGAUCUGUUGCCGAUUUCUCGAAAUCCGGUGAAUAUCCCUUCCUUUUCUUCCUGCAAUGGGGAACAACAGCAGCAGCGGCGGCGGCGGCGGCCACAAGCCCCACCGGCCGUCGAGCUCGGAUUCGGGGCUGCCGCACGCGACGGCGGCGGAGGAGCUGAGCUCGUACGAGGCGGCGUGCCGGUACGACCCGGAGGUGCGGACCUUCGACUCGACGCUGCAGCGGCGCACGAGCCGCGCCAUCUCGACGCUCGCGGUGGGCGUGGAGGUGCGGUCCAUGUCCCUCGACUCCCUCCGCGAGGUCACGGGCUGCCUCCUCGACAUGAACCAGGAGGUGGUGCGCGUCAUCCUCGACUGCAAGAAGGACAUCUGGAAGAGCCCCGACCUGUUCGACCUCGUCGAGGAUUACUUCGAGAGCAGCCUCCAGACGCUCGAUUUCUGUACCGCGCUCGACAAGUGCCUCAAGCGCGCCCGCGACUCCCAGCUCCUCCUCCACGUCGCGCUCCAGCGCUUCGACGACGAGGAGCGCGGCGACGCCCCGGAGGGCGCCUCUGCCUCUGCCGCCGCCGCCGCCCCCUCCGCCCGGUACGCGCGCACGCUGCACGAGCUGCGCCAGUUCAAGGCGGCCGGGGAUCCCUUCACCGACGAGUUCUUUGAGGCCUUCCAGGCCGUGUACCGGCAGCAGCUGGCCAUGCUGGAGAAGCUGCAGCAGCGCAAGCACCGGCUCGACAAGAAGGUCAAGACGAUCAAGGCGUGGCGCCGGGUGUCGAGCAUCAUCUUCGCGACCACCUUCGCGGCUGUGCUCAUCUGCUCGGUGGUUGCCGCGGCCAUCGCCGCGCCGCCUGUUGCGGCCGCAUUGGCUGCGGCUGCUGCGGUUCCUGUUGGGUCUAUGGGGAAGUGGAUCGAUUCGCUGCUCAAAGGGUAUCAGGACGCUCUCCAUGGACAGAAGGAGGUUGUGAGCGCAAUGCAGGUCGGAACUUUCAUUGCCAUCAAGGAUUUGGACAGUAUCAGAGUGCUCAUCAACCGGGUGGAGAUGGAGAUAAGCUCGAUGGUCGAUUGCGUGGAGUUUGCGGAGCGGGAUGAGGAGGCAAUCAAGUUCGGGGUUGAGGAAAUCAAGAAGAAGCUGGAGGCCUUCAUGAAAAGUGUUGAGGAUCUCGGGGAGCAGGCAGAUCGGUGUAGCCGGGACAUCCGUCGGGCAAGGACUGUCGUGCUACAAAGGAUCAUCCGGCAUCCUAACUGAGAGAAUAAGAUGAGCAAGAAUGGAAGGAAUGUGGUGAUAGUGAUGCACAUGAAAAGGUCUAUGUAGUCUGUAGCGUAGACAAGCAAGCAAUGGAAGUGGUCAGUGCCAUGAAGCAAUAGAUAGUGCUUGCAGACUUCUCUGAAGAAUCACCAUUGCUAAUCCAGUAAGUUCGGUUGUUCAUCAGUGUGACCAGCAUGGCAAUUAAUUUAUACAUUUAUUUUCAUCCUGUUUCUUAGAACUUCAACGUACUCACCUCUGGGCUGCAUGUUUUUGCCGUUCGCUCAAUAAUAGCGUCGAGAAAAGUGGUGCGCUCGGUUGCUAAA